UUGUAGUACGUUGUACUUUUUUGAAAUUGGUCAAUAGUUUAAUUGAUUAAAAGUGCGUAGGUAUGACGUUGUACCAAGUGGUUGUGGAAAUUUAAGAAAUUAUUUUACAUAAAAUUUUUCAUUGAGUAAUACUAACUAUAAAUUGUAUACUGUAUACUAUUGUCAAUAAAAUGGAAGGAGAAGCUACACAAGAUCCUAUAACGCAGGACGAAGAAAUUAAGUUUAAACCCAAGAAGAGAAAGAAUCUUCGCCAGCGAAUAAAAGUCGAUGAUGAUGAUGAUUCUGAAGAGGAACACAUCUUGGCAAAAUUGGAAGAGACAAAAGUUUUACAGAAACUUCGAGAACGACCCAAUGGCGUUAGUGUAGUGGCUUUGGCUACCGGACAAAAGACCACGUUAGAAGAAGAAAUCACAUGUAAAGAUCCUUUUAAAGUUAAAGCUGGUGGCAUGGUGAAUAUGCAAGCGUUAAAAAGUGGCAAGGUAAAGCAAGUGGACGAUGCGUAUGAUACUGGCAUAGGCACACAAUUUUCGGCCGAGACAAACAAACGCGAUGAAGACGAAGAGAUGAUGAAGUAUAUUGAAGAACAAUUGGCCAAAAGAAAAGAGGGACAUAACGAAGAUGUGAAGGAGUCUGAACAUAAUGACACUUUAAAAUAUUUGUCACCUGAAGAAGCUGCCCUAUUAUCAUUGCCAGAGCAUCUAAGGGUUUCAUCAGCACACAGAUCUGAGGAGAUGCUUUCUAAUCAGAUGCUCAGUGGUAUACCUGAAGUGGACUUAGGUAUUGAUGCAAAAAUUAAAAAUAUUGAAGCCACAGAGGAAGCCAAAAUGAAAUUACUGUGGGAGAGACACAAUAAAAAAGAUUGUCCGUCACAAUUUGUGCCCACGAAUAUGGCAGUGAACUUUGUGCAACACAACAGGUUUAAUAUGGACAGUGAUGUAGCUAAGAAAAGAAAACAAGAAAAACCAGAAGUGACUAAAACUAACAAUAGUGUUAUAGACGAUAGUGUAGAUAAAAUAGUUAAGAAAGCUAAAGGUGAAAGGGCGACUGAUGAUUAUCAUUAUGAGAAGUUUAAGAAACAGUUCAGAAGAUAUUGACAUGCUUGUUUUAUUUAUUGAGUCCUUGUUUAGUAAUUUGAUUCUUCCUUAUAGCUAUUAUACUUUUAUAGCACAUGAAGCUUCUUUUAUAUUAUGUUUUAGGAUUAUUUGCUUCAAAGUUGAUUUAUGUGUGUUGUCAGAAUUAUGUAUAUUGGUUUCAUACAGUUUUGUAUAUCUUACAGAACUGAAUCCAGCCAUUUUAAAUAUCUCAAUUGUUAUCUAGGAGUUGUAUUGGUCAUUUUUACCGACGAGUUUGCUAGCUGUUGUUUUCUUUCGUUUAAAGUUUUAGUCAUAUAUUUCUAUUUAUUUAUUUUUUUCUUUAAAUAUGUUCAUUGAAUUGUGUAGAUUUAAUCAAUUUGGGUAAAAUGGUUUCUUUAUCUCUAAAAAAUGAAUAAAUGAAAGAAUGAACAUAAAAAGUAAUGCAAUCUUUGAAGUGCAGGUGAAAAAUUUAACAUGGUCACAGAGCAAAAAAGGAAAAGAGAAAAAGACUCAGAGGAUGAUGAUGAUGAUGAGAGAAAAAUUUGCUUCAAAGUUGGUUUUUGUGUGUUGAGAGAAAUAUGUAUAUUGGUUUCAUACAGUUUUGUAUGUCUUGUAGAUCUGAAUCCAGCCAUUUUAAACAUCUCAAUUGUUGUAUUGGUCAUUUUUACUGGUGAGGUUGCUAGGUGUUGUUUGUUUUCUUCCACUUAAAAUUUUGGUCAUAUAUUUCUAUUUAUUUAAUUUUUCUUCAAAUGUGUGCAUCAAAUUGUGUAUUUUCCGAUAAAUCGAUGAAAAAAUAUAUUUUAUUGAUUUGAUUAAUUUGGGUAAAAUGGUUUCUUUAUGUCCAAAAAUGAAUGAAUGAAAGAAUGAACAAAAAAAGGACUGCAAUCUUUGAAGUGCAAGUGAAAAAUUUAACAUGGUCACAGAGCAGCUUUCCUGUCUUGUUUUGUUUGGUUUUGGUUGCGUCUGAAUUCGUCUUUCUACUUAAAAUACUUUAAAUUAUAUUGAAACUUGUUAAAUGAGAACAGAGUAAGUGAGAAAACUUCAUAGCUAGAACUCAUGAUGCGAUUUCAACACUUGUUUACCAUAAGUGGGGAUAAUUGGACGUAGUUAUGCCAAAAUGUUUCAUCCCACAGUAAGUUGAAUUUGAGAUAAAAGCAUUUACGCGUUUCAAUUGUAUUCUCUUUUUAUUCUAACUAGUAAAGGUCUAUACUAAAGGUUUUAUUGUUGAAUUAUAUUGUGUUUAGAUAAUCAUAUGUUAAAUUUUGGGCUAUUCACUAUAUAAUAAGAAAAAAUAUAUAUAUUGGUACUGGAACAUUUAACAUAAUUAAUAUUUACAUGAACAUAGCUUCAAAUUAAUUUUGCACAAACGUUCCAGGUACUUUUUAUCCAUCUGUACCUACCGUAAUUUUUUAUUUAAAUUUUACAUAAUCAUUAGAUUUAAAUAAAAAUAUGUUAAACCUGAACAACAUAUAAAAGAAUGAUAGUCUACUAUAUAAAAAUAAGUCGAGUUUUCUUUCCUGACGCUAUAACUCCAGAACGCACGAACCGAUUUCCACGGUUUUGCAUUCGUUGGAAAGGUCUCGGGCUCCGCGAGGUUUAUAGCAAAAAAAAAAUCAGGAAAAACAAAAAAAAAAAUAUCACCAAACAAAAUGUUACAUAAAACGAAGCCAUCUGGUGGCUAAACAGAGUUCGCUAGGUUUGCUAGUUGCUUAUCAAUUUGCAUUUCGAAAUCUGGUUCCCCACCAAGCCCAUCGACAUCAUCUGUGAUUCCCUCCGUACUCUUUAGGUUUUUAUAAAAUUCAUGACAAUCCUCGGGAUGUCCUGAAACAUAGAUUUUAACUCAAUCAACAUCGCUAAUUUGGCUGGAGCAAUGGCUUCCAUCUGGCCACAACAAACAGAAAUCGGACAUGUUAAUAUUUCGUGUUUCCCCUCUAACUUUUCUUUCAAUACUUAAUUCCUUGUAAUCUUCGCAAUAAAGUACUCUGUGAUUCUUCCUAUAACGAUGAUUUCAUAAACAUUUAAAACACUUUCUCUUAUUCUAGUCUUAUUUCUUUUGUAAUUAACCAAUUAACUAUUGUUUUGGAUCGUUUAGACCGCGCUACUGUAAUUUUGCAAAAACGUUCCAAAUAUAAAUGGAACAUUUUGUUACAAAAUAAAAUGGCUUAACAUGGUUUUGCUAAAACGCUACAAGAUUGUUGAGGCGUUUUGACUAAAUAAAUAUAUUGUUUCGUAAA